AUGGUUAACGCCGCCGCCAUUGUCGCUGCAGCUGCACUGCUCGGGGCGGUACCGGUUAGUGCAGGAUUGUACAGCAAGAAUUCCCCAGUCUUACAGCUGGAUGGGAAAUCGUAUGAUCGAUUGAUCGCGCAGUCAAACUACACCUCGAUCGUCGAGUUCUAUGCACCAUGGUGCGGCCACUGCAAGAACCUCCAACCAGCCUACGAAAAGGCGGCCAAGAGUCUCGCGGGUCUUGCCAAAGUUGGAGCUGUCGAUUGCGAUGAAGAAUCGAACAAACCAUUCUGCGGAAGUUUUGGAGUACAAGGAUUCCCAACGCUCAAGAUUGUCAAGCCAGGAAAGACACCAGGGAAGCCCAUCGUCGAGGAUUACAAUGGACCCAGAACUGCGAAAGGAAUCGUGGAUGCGUUGGUGGAUAAGAUCCCAAAUUAUGUCAAGAAGGUCGAGGAUAAGACACUGGAGAAAUGGCUGGCCGAUUCGAAAGAUACUCCCAAGGCGAUCCUGUUCACCGAUAAAGGAAAGACGAGUGCAUUGAUGAAAUCAAUUGCCAUUGAGUUCAAGGGUGCCAUUGAGGUGGCACAAAUCAGAAACACGGACAAGGAAAAGGCCUCGAAAGAGUUGUUUGGUAUAACUGAAUUCCCAACUCUCCUGCUCCUCCCUGGUGGAAAGGAAGCAAAGGAGGGCAUUAUCUACGACGGUGAGCUCAAGAAGGAACCAAUGGUUAAAUUCCUGUCACAAGCUGCUUCACCAAACCCAGAUCCAGCACCACCCAAGGUCAAGGUUUCCAAAUCCAAAGAAAAGAAGAAGGACGAGAAGAAAAAGGAGGAGAAGAAAGCAUCCAAAGACAAGGAAGAAUUCGAAUCUGCCUCUUCGUCCCACGCGUCGCAAGAUGGACAAACUGCUGGAGCAACUGCAACGGAAGAAGUUCUCGAGGAGGCUCCCACAGAAUCACCCCAACCAGAAGUGGAUACUCAAAAGCCAAUCGUUCUUCCAGAUCCCGCUCCUCUCAUAUCAACAAUCGAAACAGAGGCCGAAUUAGCAACAGAAUGUCUUGGCGAGAGAACUGGAACCUGCAUUCUCGUACUUCUUCCCGAAACAUCAGACGAGAUAUCUCAAAAGGCCAUCACUUCACUUUCCGAGCUUGCCCAUAAGUACAAGCAACGUCAGCGAAGCAUCUUCCCAUUUUACGGAGUAUCUUCAGCAAACCCUUCAUCAAAGAACCUCAAGGCAUCUCUCAAGCUAGGCGAUACCACUCAAAUCAUCGCUGUCAAUGGUCGUCGUGGAUGGUGGCGACAGGCUUCUGAGACACUAUCUGAGCAAGAUGUCACCGAAGAGUCUAUCGAAAACUUUGUCGACGCUAUUCGUCUCGGCGAGGGCAGCAAGAAGAAGAUCCCAGCUGGUAUGAUUCCAGAGACACCAGAAGAGCCUUCCGAAACCGAGGAGGCUGACGUUACUGUUACGCUCGAGAAGCCUGCGGUUACGGAGACUAUUCUCGUUGAGGAGGUUAAGGAAGAAGCAGUUGAAGAAAAGGCGGAUGUUCAUGAUGAACUCUGA